UCCAAUCGGUUGCUCAGUGAGAAACCCAUCCAGAAUCAAUAUGAAAUUCUUCUCCGUCGUCACCGUCUUCGUACUUGGUCUGCUGGCUGUUGCCAACGCUGUUCCACUGUCGCCCGAUCCAGGAAACGUGAUCAUCAACGGCCGCUGCACUUAUUGCACCAUCAGCAAUAGCAAGUAGGAAGAUUCUUGCCCAUGGAUUGGGAAAACUUCAAACUGAAACACAAUAGUUGUAACCAUUUAUGCUGAAGUCACAAAUUGAAUUUAUAAUGCCAAACAAACAAAUACAUAAAUAGAGAGAAAAAUGCAUUCGCACUAGAAAGGAAAACCAGUUUUAUUUCUGCGUAGCUACCAACUAAUGUAUUUAAAUUUCUUAGGAAAAAUUUGGAACAGGACUCCGAUAAGCUGUUAAAAAUAUUAUUCCUAAUGUGCAUAGUUAAUAGCUUUCAUCAUAGUCUCUCAAUCAAUGCUCUCAUUUCCUACUGCACUUGAGUCACUCCGAUUCUCCGAUUUUACUAUCGACUAUAUAAGAUCUGGUUCCGUAGAUCGAGAGCAUCAGUUGUAGAUGAUCGUUGUUCCGGUGUGCAGCUUAUAACCGGAUCUAUUUAAUGAAAAUAUGAAAUUCUUUUUUUUGAAUUUUUUCCGCUGUCGAAAACCGAACCAGAAAAUGUGAUCAUCAAUGGCGAUAGUGUAAACUGCAAUGUUUGCGGUGGCAAAUAGAAAAUACUAAUUAAGUAAAUCCAUUUUUAAUAAUAAAAAAAACAUAAUCUAAGAAUUCUA